AGCGGGGGUGGGGAGGAGGAAAGGAAGGCCGAACGGAGACACGGCGGGUGACGGCUUCGGAACGCGCACGCGCCGUGCCCAGGACUCGAGCGGCGUCUGAGGCCAGGUUGGAAGGGUCCCCGCAGCUUUUGGAAGAAGGGAGCCAGAAAGGGUGCUCGAAGCCUCGCGCUGUUCGGUUCCUCCGGGAAGUCCCGACAGAGGAAGGCGACUAAAGCGAACCGGAGCGGGGGGGGGCGCGAGGAGGAGGAGGCGCCGCCGGUGACGUCGCGGCUGGUGUGCGAGGCGGGCGGGCGGGCGCCCCCGGCUGUUUCCGGAGGAAGGAGAAACGCAGGCAGCGAGUAAGCGAGCGGCUCCAUCCCCCACCCGCAGGGAGGGAGUGCGGCAGCGGCGGCGCAGACAGGCCGGACGAGGCGGCGGCGAAGGAGGAGGAGGAGGAGGAGCAGCGAUAGCAACCCCCGGGCCGCGGCGGCCACCACCACUGACGCAGCGACUCUCGCCUCUCGCAGUAUAAAAGAUGGCACUGAAACGCAUCAACAAGGAACUUAGUGAUUUGGCCCGUGAUCCACCAGCUCAGUGUUCUGCAGGCCCUGUUGGAGAUGACAUGUUUCACUGGCAAGCCACAAUUAUGGGUCCUAAUGACAGUCCAUAUCAAGGCGGUGUUUUCUUCCUGACAAUUCAUUUUCCUACAGACUAUCCUUUCAAACCACCCAAGGUUGCAUUUACAACAAGAAUUUAUCAUCCAAAUAUUAACAGUAAUGGCAGCAUUUGUCUCGACAUUCUAAGGUCACAGUGGUCUCCUGCUUUAACUAUUUCUAAAGUUCUCUUAUCCAUUUGUUCACUGCUAUGUGACCCAAAUCCAGAUGAUCCCCUAGUGCCAGAGAUUGCACGUAUCUAUAAAACAGACAGAGACAAGUACAACAGAAUAUCUCGGGAAUGGACUCAGAAGUAUGCCAUGUGAUGCUACCUUAAGUCAGAAUAACCUGCAUUAUAGCUGGAAUAAACUUUAAAUUACUGUUCCUUUUUGAUUUUCUUAUCCGGCUGCUCCCCUAUCAGACCUCAUCUUUUUUUUUAUUUACCUCUGUCCAUUCAUGCACAUGCUCAUCUGAGAAGACUUUAGCUCUUCCAGCUUUGGACAAUAACUGCUUUUUAGAAUCUGUAAAGUAGUUAUUCAAGAACAGUUGCCCAAGAUUCAGAAUUCUUUAAAUGGAGCAUGUGUGUUGUGGCCAAUGUCUUCACUCUAACUUGGUUAUGAGAUUGAAAACAUUCCUCACUGCUCUAACAGUUCUACUGAAGAUAUCACCCAAAGGGAGGGGAGAUGGAUGUUCAGAUUGCUCACAUCACAGGAAAUAGCAUUGCUGUAGCAUCAUCCAUCUUGUUUUAAACCUUCCAGUGUUAGAGACUGAGGUUUCAUGAGAUACUUGUGCUCAUAACUGGUAUGGCUGGAGAAUUGUACAGAACCUGUAGCAUCAGCAGAACAGAACACGUGAUGUAUCUUAUGCAUGUCAAUAAAGGAAUGACCAGUUCUUGUUCUACAGAGAAUGGAAAUUGGAAGUCCAUCAUCCCUUGUAUUCCAAAAUGGGGUCUCAGAACAUUUUUGUAACUCUCAUUUAAAUUUUGUUAGGAUGCUUGGAGCUAUUAGUUAAUCUAUCUUCCACAACAGUUUAAUAUAGCACUGAAUAAAUGAUGCAAGUUGUCAAUGGAUGAGUGAUCAACUAAUAGCUCUUCUAGUAAUUGAUUUUAUUUUCUUCAAUAAAGUUACAUAAACCAAUGAGUUAGCUGCCUGGAUUAAUCAAUAUGGGAAACAAAAUCUUUUGUAAAAGCAAAGGUGGUUUUUGUAUAUACUUGUUGGGAUUUGCCUCAUUGUUUGACAUCAAUUAAUGAUGUGAAAGUUAGUAGAGUGAACUUUUUGCCAUGUUCAGUUAUAAAACUUGGUCUGUGUUCAGGUUGACACAUUGAUCAGCCCUGAAGUAUGCAGAACUAAUAAGCUAAUCUCGUAGUAUAGACUUGAGUGUGCUACACAAGGUACUGGGAUCCAGCAGUGCAGCUAUGGACUUGGGACCCAGCUGAUGUACUGGUGUAUUGUGGAGACUUUUCCAGAUGCAUCCAGUUUGUUGACUGAGAAACUUUCUUUACCUUGUACACUUUGACAGCUGAAAGAUCUUUAUGUGGGAGUAAUGAGGCAAAAACUGCAAAAUAAAGUACUGUUUUGAUGUGGGAA